CAGCCACAGAUGUGCUGGUCCUGACAAGAGAGAACCUUCAUCUGCUGUCAAGAGAGCCUCUGAGAUUUCUUACAGCAGCUUGAACUUUGAGUUGGAUCUAUCCAUCCUGUUCAGGAUAAACUUGUGGAUUAUCCCUAUCUUCAGAAUACAAGAGUUUCAUGAUUUCUACCAGAGGACCCAUGUGGGUGGUGGAGAAGAUCCGUGUGUCAGUGGAGAGAUCUAACCUGCCUGUCCCAUCAGCAGAACUCAGCUUUAAAAUUGGUGACAUCAUGUUUGGAGAAAAAGGCUUCAAACCCAAAAGGAUUUCCCUGUGUCCUAAUGUCAUCACGCCUGACAACAUCCCAGAGUUCUGCAUCCCCCCUACAAUCCCAUCCCUGCAGGAGAUGAAAAACGCAGAGCACAGCCGAGCUGCUCGCGUUAUCAAGGUGUCUCCCUGCGAGAGGCCUGAAAUAGAAGUGACACGUUAUGAGCCCAUCAACUCGCACAUUAUCCAGGUGGAGAGCGUGGAUGAGAGUCCCUAUGACGGCUGCAGUGACGAGGAGACCACCAAUGCCGAUCCCCAGAGCCAGGCUGCCUUGUCACUUCCACACAUGGCUAAAGCUCAGACCUGCUAUGGCUUUUGCACCUUACUGGAAAGCCCCCACACCAGGAGGAAGGAGUCUCUCUUCCACUCUGAUCCUGGCUCCUCUCCCCUGCUGCUGCCCAGGAGUCGAUCCAGCGUGUGCUCCAAAGUCUCCCCCUCCACCUCGCCCUGCUCCUCUCCUUCCUCAUUCAGCCUUAACACCCUGACCUCCAGGCUUUCCCCGAGAGGAUACACCCUGAACUGGCAGGCCACUCUGGACAGCGAUACGACUUCCUCUACUGAAUCCUCUCCUUUCAGCUCGCCACUGCUGACCAGGUGCCCUGCCAAGUCUUCCCUCUUUAAAGCACUGAGCCAUGAACUGCUGUUGUCAAGGAACAUGAGGAAGGCAAUGGUGUCCAGGAACAAUUCCCUGUCCACAGAUGAAGGCAGCUCCACAGACAAUAGCCCCAAUGUUAUGAGGAGGGCAUCAGAUGGGUUAGCUGAAGGCUUGCCCAGCAGCUGCAGCCUGGCGCCACCCAACAUCUUCCCCACAGACUUGACUCUGCACAGAGAGAGGGUAAUGAAGGAGAGAAUGGCACCCAUAGGGAAGGAUGGCAGCCUGAGACUCUCAGCGGAGUACUGCCCGGAUAACCAAAGACUACGGGUUCGACUGAUCAGCGCCGAGGGCCUCUAUCCUCUCUCUGUAGACCCCAAGAUUAUCAACUGCAGCGUCAGCCUCUCUCUGGUGCCUGGAAAACUCCAGAAGCAACGCAGCACAGUCAUCAGAAAGAGCCGCAAUCCCAUCUUCAAUGAGGAUUUCUUCUUUGAUAGCAUCUCAGAGGAGGACCUCAGCCAGCGGUCCCUCCGCUUUAAAGUGGUGAACAAAAUGUCCACCCUGAAAAGAGACUAUCUCCUAGGUGACUGUGAUUUGCCUCUUUCUAGCAUAGUGACAUCAUGAAGUACUUCCUUAACUGUUUAUUUAUGUAUGGGAUUAUUUAUUUUCAUUUUUGUAUUGUAAAAUGAGAUU